CCGGUCCGACCUUUUUCUCCCUCCGCCCGGCACCGCUUCAAGUUUUUGUCCCACGUGUGGAAUAAAUCUUUACAAUCACAAGUAGUAGCUCGGAGCUGUCCCGUUACAAUCCUGGAUCCAAUGGCGACCACGAUGGAGCAGAUGAGGGCGAACGUAGGGAAACUUUUGCGAGGAAUCGAUAGGUACAACCCAGAGAACCUGGUGACGCUGGAGCGCUACGUGGACACGCAGGCGAGAGAAAACGCCUACGACCUGGAGGCCAACCUGGCUGUGCUGAAGCUGUACCAGUUUAAUCCAGCGUACUUCCAGACUAACGUGACCUCACAGAUCCUGCUGAAGGCCCUGACCAACCUGCCGCACACCGACUUCACCCUCUGCAAGUGCAUGAUCGACCAGACACACCAGCAAGAGGAACGGCCCAUAAGACAGAUCCUGUACCUGGGGAACCUGCUGGAGACCUGCCACUUCCAGAGUUUCUGGACGAGUCUCGAGGAGAACAGGGAGCUCAUCGACGGCAUCACCGGUUUCGAGGACUCUGUUCGCAAGUUCAUCUGCCACGUGGUGGGCAUCACCUACCAGACCAUCGAGCACCGGCUGCUGGGCGAGAUGCUGGGAGACCCGCUGGACACGCAGGUGAAGCUUUGGAUGAACAAGUACGGCUGGACAGAGAACGAGGAGGGACAGAUCUUCAUCUACAACCAGGAGGAGAGCAUCAAGCCCAAGAACAUCGUGGAGAAGAUUGACUUUGAGAGUGUUUCCAGCAUCAUGGCCACUUCUCAGUGACGCCCACACACACAAAAAACACAUUCAGCCACCUCUCCUGUUUCCACGUCACUCUUUUCUCAAUAAAAAUAAAUUAUCCUCCCUG